AAAUCCUAACUCUUUUUCUACCACCUAGUUUUUAUUGGCCAGAACCCAACCACAGAAAUCCAUUGAGUGAGUUAUUGGGGAGCAGGGAUCCAUCAAAGUACUGGUACUUUGCGAAGCAGGAAGCCCACUCUCUAUUACGCUCCAUCUUCCAUCACACUCACGGAGGAUAAACCAAAUCAAUGGAUGCAGAACAUUGUCAGCUACGAUUCUGCCAAUUGAAUUGAGGGACUUUGAGGGAGCUCGUCGGGGGAAACGGUGGAGAGGGUCACUUUACUGCAGUUCAUGGCAGGGAUGGAUGGCUGCGGUUCACAAGCCGUAUUCUCCGUUGCGACUUGACUUGCACGAGUUUGGCUCACGCGGGGGGCCGCGUGGGAUGUCCCUUGUUCCGAGAUUCUUCAGGCUUCUGAUGAUGGUCUCUGACAGGCAUUUCUUAACGAUGGGCUUAAGCCAAGCCAUGGAUGAUGGUCUAACAUCAACUCGUCAUUAA